AUGGGUGAAAUAAAAAUUGUGAAGGAUCAUUUGUUUGAUGAUAUCAAACAUUUUAGGACCAUGUUGAAGAAGCAUUGUGUUCAAAAGGGUUUUAAGCAGGUGAUGGGGAAAAAUGAGAGGAAAAUAGUCACUAGUCAUUGUGGGAAUCCAGGGUGUCAAUGGGGAAUUCGUGCAAGCCUACUGCCAGAUAAGGUAACAUUUAAAGUAAAGCGUGUAGGAUCAGAACACACUUGCAUUAUAACCACCAAGAACCCAAUAGUGACAUCCACUUUCAUUGUAGACAAACUUGCCAAUAAAUUCAGGAAUCAACCUAACAUUGAUUUAGAGAUUUUGGAAAGAGAUGUUAGAGACACAUUUAAGGUGGAAGUGACUAAGGUAUGUUUGAGGAGAGCUAGAAAGAAAGCCUUAGAACAGAGUGAAGGAACCCACAUAGCUUCAUACAAGAAGUUGUGGCCAUUUAUUGGUCUGGAUGGUUAUUUUCUGAAAGGUCCCUUUGGUAGUAUCUUAAUUUGUGCAGUGGGGCUUGAUGGAAAUAAUGGGUUAUACCCAUUUGCAGUUGCAGUGGUAGAUUCUGAAAGAGAAAAAAGUUGGAAAUGGUUUUUGGAACACCUACACAAAAUCAUAGGUGACACAGCUGGGGAUUUGUCUUGGGUUAUUAUAACUCAUGGCCAAAAGGGUAUAUUACCAGCUGUGGAUGAAGUCUAUCCUCAUGCUUCCAAAAGAAGGUGUUGCAGCCCCGAUCCUGAGACUCCUAAGUCUGCUGUACAUCCUCCUGCUCGAUACGCAACUGACCACCUUUCUCCUGUUCCUCCUCCUGAAACCUCGGUAGUUGCUGCUCUUCCUCAAUUUACGGAUGCCGCUGGGACAUGUGAAUUGAUCUGGCCUGGUGGUGAGUUCUACGAGGUAACCGAGGAGUUAGAGAUAAAGUAUAUUGUGAAUCUUCAUAGUUGGUUUUGCGAUUGUGGGGAAUGGCAGCUCAUUAGUGUGACAUGUAAGCAUGCAGCAACAUGUAUUACAUGGAAAAGAGAGCAUAUUGAGGAGUGUUGUGAUGAUUUCUUCAGUAGCCAUAGUUAUUUAAAAGCUUAUAAAAAUCUGAUACAUCCCAUACACUAUGAGAGUAAAUGGGAUGAAGUAAAUAAGGUAGAUUUACUCCCUUCAGAUUUAAAAAUGCCUAUAGUCAGACCUAGAGUUGCAAGAAAGAGGGAAUAUGAUGAACCACAAGCUACUAAGAGGUCAACUAUUCUGAGGUACAGCAUAUGCAAAGAAAGUGGACAUAACAAAAGAGGGUAUCAAAGGGCUCCAAUUCAGAACAAAAAGAAGAAAGGGUCAAGAACAUCAACAACACCAUCAACUUCUACAGCAACACCAUCAAUUACAGCACCAACAAAAGCACAACAAAAAAAGAAAGAAAGGUCUAGGAGCAAGGACAAGGAGUAG